GGCGGCGGCAGCCACGGUCACGGUCGCGGUCGCGGAGCGGCUCGGCGGGACGACAGGAGAUCGGCGCCAGGGGAACCUCGCGCGCAUCCUACCGCCCGACAGGCGAAGCCGGCGAGGAGCGUUGCACCAGAAUCGGGGUCGCUGCGGCUCCAGCGAGAGCUUGCUCCCUGCUGGCGGGACCAGGGCCGAGGCCGGCCCCCCACUCAGCCUGCGGGAAGAUGAGCGCCUGCGGGAGGAAGGCCCUGACCCUGCUGAGCAGCGUCUUCGCCGUGUGCGGUCUGGGCCUCCUGGGCAUCGCCGUCAGCACCGACUACUGGCUGUACCUGGAGGAGGGCGUGGUCCUGCCCCAGAACCAGAGCACGGAGAUCAAGAUGUCCCUGCACUCGGGCCUGUGGCGCGUCUGCUUCCUCGCAGGCGAGGAGCGGGGACGCUGCUUCACCAUAGAAUACGUGAUGCCUAUGAACACCCAGCUGACGUCCGAGUCCACGGUCAACGUCCUGAAGAUGAUUCGCUCGGCCACACCAUUCCCUCUGGUCAGUCUCUUCUUCAUGUUCAUCGGCUUCAUCCUGAGCAACAUCGGACACAUCCGUCCCCACAGGACAAUACUGGCCUUUGUCUCUGGCAUCUUCUUCAUCCUCUCGGGCCUCUCUCUCGUGGUCGGCCUGGUGCUCUACAUCUCCAGCAUCAACGACGAGAUGCUCAACAGGACCAAGGACGCGGAGACCUACUUCAGCUACAAGUACGGCUGGUCGUUCGCCUUCGCUGCCAUCUCCUUCCUUCUAACAGAGAGUGCGGGGGUGAUGUCCGUGUACCUGUUCAUGAAGAGGUACACCGCCGAGGACAUGUACAGGCCUCACCCCGGCUUCUACCGCCCGCGGCUGAGCAACUGCUCCGACUACUCGGGCCAGUUCCUCCACCCAGACGCCUGGGUCCGGGGCCGCAGCCCCUCCGACAUCUCCAGCGACGCCUCCCUGCAGAUGAACAGCAACUACCCAGCCUUGCUCAAGUGCCCCGACUACGACCAGAUGUCGUCUUCCCCCUGCUGAGCCUCCCCGCCGGCCUCCUGGGACUGUGCACAGCCAGGCAGCUUCUCCUGAGCUCCCCUGCUGGCCUGUGAGCCCCAGGCCCGUGGUUGACAGGCCAGCCCCCCCUCCAAGCUUAGCUGUUGUCACUUGACCCAAAUUGUUUCCCUGCUUCCCGCCCCCUGCCAACCCAGUAUCUCUAACUGCCCCAGGGUGGCAACAGGGAUCUGGAGCCCUGGGCAAGCAGAUUGGCUGAGCGCAUGGGUGCAGCCUCACCUUUGGAGUGCCAGUCACACCAGCCACUCUCCCCUUUCCUGGGACAGGUGGGUGUCGCAGCCGUGUAUUGGUCCCUGCACACCCAGCUUCACGGCCCAGGCCAAGGCCAGCCCUGAGAGACCAGGCUCCUCCCUGCACAGGCCCAGCGGGACCUGAGUGCUUGCCAGCUGGCCUGGCCCUCACUCAUGGCGAUCUGGACCAUGGACCGAAAGGUGACUCUGAUGCAGAGGUCUGGCUGGUUCAGAAUUGUCCAGCAGUGUUCCUUGUGAAAUCUUUUAUUCUCUUUGUCACCCACCUCCCUCCAUGCAACACCCCUGUCUGUGCUCUCCACCCCCCACUCAGCCCCCCAGACUGUGAAUCCCUCCCCUUCUCCCACCAGAACUCAACUGCCCUAGGGGACUGACUAAGGGGGCUCUGAGGCCGCUGAUGAAGUCACAAAGAGGUGUUAAUGGCUGAUGAUGUCUUAAUCUGUAUGGCCCCUCCCUGACAUUUGACAGGGGUCUUCAAUGCCUUAACCCAAAGAAGUGACUCUGAUCAUGAGAAUUUCAGAAUUUUCCUGGCCUGAGUUCAUAUUCCCAGGCACUGUUUCAGGCUCUGGGGAUACUGUCCCUGCUCACAUGAGCCAUACGUCCAGUCCAAGACCCUCAGAUCCAAACACGUAGACAGACGUCUACACCACCUACGCAGAAAGCAGCUUUCAGAGAGGCUGCGUGGGACCCGGAGCUGGACUUGCUGACACCUGGUGCAUUUUGAAUCUAAACGAGCCAGGCUGGGAAUGACCGACCUGGCUGCUCUGCUGAGGACGCCUGUGAAUGUGGGGGAGGGGGGUUGCCAAUUUAAUCCUAACAUACGGCCGCAUCUGCCUCCUGGGUGUGGUACACAUGUAGGCAAACCGGUGUCCCCAGAAGGCGAGGCAGCCUGAUGCCCACUUUCCUAGUAGGAAACCUGAGCUGGGGUGUGCGGAGCACCUUCUGCCAAGUCCGAGGGGCAGAAAAUUGCGGCAGGACCUCUACAGGACCGGACCCCCUCGGUUCUCCAGGGGUCUCAGCUCCUGCGGUUUUGGAUUUGAGGUUCUGACCAGCAAAACAACAACGGGCUCUCUGCUGUAUUUUUGCUCUCCCUGCUUUUUCUCUCCUUCUCUUUAACAUAGCAUUAGUUCCUGCGUGCACAAAGCCACGGUGGGCCCCUCACGGGCUCUGGAAAGUUGUUCAGAAAAGCGCACGUGUGACAUGUGCAGCCUUCCAAAGGACAGUGUUUUGUGGGGUUGGCAGUGUGUGUGUGUGUGUGUGUGUGUGUGUGUGUGUGUGUGUGUGUGUUUGCCUGGCUGCCAUAACAGAAUGCCCCAGACUGGGUGGCUUCAACAACAGACAUUUAUUUCUCCCAGUGCUGGCAGCCAAGAGUCCAAGGUCAAGGUGUGAGGAGACUGGGUCUCUUCAGAGGCCCCUCCUUGGCUUGCGGAUGGCCAUCUUCUGGACCAUGUCCUCACACUGUCUUUUGUCUGUACGUGUGCACGCCCCUGGUGUCCAAAUCCCCUCUUUAUGGGGGCACCAGGCCGAAAUCUAACGAUUCAGCUUCAUGUAAAAAGUUCCAGAUUGCCCUCUCCAACCCUUCAACCCCUUCAACUUUUCAACCCUCACCUAUAAGCCAGUAGCAACUGUGAGGCCCCCACUCUCCCUCCGCUGGCACCUGCAACGACUGUUCCAGCCUUUGGUUACCGUGUAUGGAAUAAUCUGGCAGUACGGAAUAAUCUCCCGCAGCAAAGGAGUCAGUGAGUGUCCUUGGAGACCACCGGGAAGCUUUUCCAAACUCGACAAGUGGGUCGAUAUGCUCUACUCCCGUUUUUGUCAGUGUAAUUAGCACGUAGGAUGCACUUUUCCCUCCGUACAUAAAGCGCUCGUGCUCUGCCACGGGGCCGGCCUUGUCUCCGUGCGCCUGGGAAACACAGGAGCCACCGCGGGACACGAGCGGACUGCUGGCUGUGGCCGCACCAGGGUGCGCCUCGACUGGCCUGGACGCUGAGCUGCCAGACUGCAACUAUCCCAGUUUCCCUCCCAGCCGGAAAUUAACUUCAGAACUGGACCCUGUUUGCCACCUCU